UUGUGUUUAUAAAGCUGCAGGAGGCAACACAGUGAGAAGAGCAGCCAACAGAGCUGGAAAGUGCUCAGCUGGCUUUCAGUCACUGUAUUCCCUGUGAUCCUUUUAGACAUUUUGUAGGAGAAACCCAACAUGAGAAUACUUUUAAUUCUUACUGCCAUAGCUGUGGUGUCAAGGGCCCAGACUGACUGCUCUGGAGGGGCUUGUUACCCACCUGUGGAGGACCUGCUCCUGGGCAGGGCCAACCAGCUCCAUGCGUCCUCCACCUGUGGCCUCAUGGGCUCUGAGAGCUACUGCACCCCUUAUGUACAGGCUCAGAUGAAGUGUUGUCCAUGUGACUCCCGGAGCCCAAAUGGUCCACUGGCCCACACUGUGCAGGACGCCCUGUCCACCUCAGGACCAGACAGAUGGUGGCAAUCCAAGAAAGGUGUAAGUCCAGUUACUCUCCAGCUGGACCUUGGCAGCCUGUUCCAGCUUGACAACCUGGUGCUCAGUUUCAAGGGUCCUCGUCCCAGUGCCUUUGUCAUAGAAAAAACGCUGGACAAUGGCCGAACAUGGCAGCCUGCUCUCUACUUGGCCACAGACUGCCCAAAAUCCUUUCCAGGCGUCUCCACAACAACACCUCUCUCCAUGGAUGAGACGUACUGCUCCACACUGCCCCCUGCUGGAGCAAACCCAUACCAAGAUCACACUAUCCAGUUCCGUCCUCUGCGUCAGUACAUUUAUGUCCCAGUUCCAGGCAGCCAAAAAAUUGAAGAUGUGUCUGGCUUGACAGGGUUGAGGGUGAGGCUGACAGAGCUCGGCGAUGUCCCGCAUCUCCCAGGCAGAGCGCUGAGCAGGUUCUACGCCCUGAAGGAGAUGAGGGUGAUGGGCAGCUGCAUGUGCCACGGACACGCCAAGCGCUGCCUGCCAGACACCAGCCAGGCUCAGUCCAACACCGUACAGGUGGGUCCUCUGUGUGACUGCCAGCACAACACCGCAGGUGUGAACUGUGAGUAUUGUGCUGAUCUCUACAACGAUCUUGCCUGGAGGCCUGCGGAGGAAGGAAACACUCGUGCCUGCAAACGAUGCGAGUGCAACAACCACGCCCACCGCUGUCACUUUGACCCGGCGGUGUUUGAGGCCAGUGGGCGGAGAAGCGGCGGUGUGUGUGAGAACUGUGUGCACCACACCACAGGAGCCCAGUGUGAGCAGUGUGCUGCAGGCUACCAGCCCAACCCGCGCAGCACAAUGGACCGGCCGGACGCCUGCAUACGCUGUAUGUGCAGCGCUGAGGGCACAGUGAACGGGGGCCAGUGUGAGGGCAGCUCAGGCUCAUGUCAGUGUAAGGCCAAUGUCGAAGGUCCCUACUGUGAGCGCUGCAAGAGAGGCUACUAUGGCCUGACGGCCUCCAACCCUCUGGGAUGCUCCAAGUGUUCCUGCUCAUCAGACACAUCACUGUCAGAUGCCUGUGAUCCUGUGACCGGCCAGUGUCUCUGCCGCCCCCAUUUCCACGGGCUCAGUUGUGAAGCAUGUUCAACAGGCUACUGGAAAGCGUUCCCAUCCGGAGGCUGUGUGUCCUGCAGCUGUGACCCCACCCGUUCAUACAGUGACGCCUGUGACCAGGUGACAGGUCAGUGCCAGUGCAGACCAGGCUUCGGGGGCCGAACAUGUACAGAGUGCCCACAAAACUCAUACGGGGACCCACGUGUCCGCUGCCGACCAUGUCAGUGUGACACUGAAGGAACUCUUCCAGAGGUGUGUGAUCCGCAGACGGGCGCCUGCCUGUGUAAGGCCGGAGUCACAGGAGCUCGCUGCGAUGCCUGCGGACGAGGACGCUGUGACUCCUUCCCUGCCUGCGAGACGUGUCCCUCCUGCUUCUUCACUCUGGACGCACAGAGGCAGAAGCUCAGCUUUGCUCUGGAGAAGCUGUCGCCUGCCUUCCCCUUUCCUCCCGCGGGAGGUGUUGAGGCAGACGGGCUGCGGCCGCGCGUCUUGGCCCUGGAGGCCAAGCUGAGCCUGAUCCGGGACUCUGUGCCGCUGUCCCCUAGUUCUGCCAAACAGGUUGCUGGUGCCCUGUCCCUGUUGGACGAGCUCAGGAACCAAAUGGGGAAAGUUAAUGAUGAUCUGACGCCCCUGAGGAAAGCUCCCAGUCAGGAAUCAGAGCUGAACAAACUACAGGAUCUGCUGGACAGCCUCACGGAGGUGUACAACGCCAAGAAAGACGCCAGUGCAACGUCACGCGAUCCUAACAUCGCAGGAGCCUUUUCUGCCAUCAAGAACGCCUACGAUGACUCCACAGAUGCAGCGAAGAAGGUAAAUGCCAGCAGAGACACUGUGAAGGAGUCGGCUGGUGUCAGAAACGAAACCAUGGACCUUCAGAAGCAGAUACAGCCAGCAAACACUAGAGACCUGGACAAGCUGAACCGAAGCAUGGCCUCCACACCAGACCUCACUCCUGCUGCCAAACAGGUAUGUGGCAGUGAGCGGUCAGAGCCGUGCACCCCUCUCCAUUGUGAAGGUGGGUCUUUGUGUCCACCGACAGGAGCCCCACUUUGUGAAAAAGGGCCAGAGUGUUUGGGCGCUCUGCCGCUGAGCAAGAGGGCCUACGCUGAUGCUCAGGACGUGAAGGAGCGUCUGGACAAACUCAGUGUGAACAUAACGAAGGCUGCAGAAAAGCUACAGGAAACACAGGAGACAACCAAUCAGGUGAGAGAAGCUGCAGAAGAGCUGUUCAAUAAGAUGAAGGUGUCCAGAGAUGAACUAGAGGAUGGCUUGAAAGACCUGCGUGAUGUUGUGAAAGAGUUAAAAAAUUUCCUGUCAGACCCAUCUUCAAACCUGACACAGAUCCAGGACUUGAGUGAGUGGAUCUUGAAAGCCCAGCUGCCUCUCAGCCUGGCUCCUCUGAAGACAAAGCUGGAUGAGCUGAAGAAGCUGGCAGCCAGUCUCCCAGACAGCACAGCUGUGCUGAAGGAGGCCGAGCCACAGCUGGACAAGGCCAGGAACCUGCUGCAGGAUGCCAAGGAUGCCAGGGACACAGCAGUAGGGGUAAAGGCUGAUGUCGAUGGAUUGCUACAUACCUUUGGGCCAGUAGAGGAGUCCAUCUCUGCCAUAGAGGACAAACUACAGGACUUUACUGAUGUCAUAAAGAACCUUAGUGACAGCUUAACUAAGGUCAAAGACCAGGUGACCCCAGCAGAGAAAGCUCUAAAUGACGUGUCAGAGCUGAUAAACCCAAUGAAACCUCAACUGGACGAGCUCAAAGAUCUGCUGCAGAAUGGAAGCCAGCUGGCGCAAGAUGCUCAGGACAACGCAGACAAAGCGAAGGAGGAAGCGGAGGCUGGCAACAAGGACCUGUUGACUUUGGGGGAGAAGCUGAACCUUCUUAAGGACCAGGCUCCUCCCAGCGGGUCUGGUGGAGACGUACCGGUUGGGGAACGCCUGAUGAAACUGCAGCAGGCUGCUGGAGCCUUGGCCAACAGCACCGAAACCAUGAUGGAGGCCAUGGAAGGUAAAGCAGAUAUCCUGAGGGGGCUUCAGGAGGAGAUCCUUCAAAAGUCAACACGGCUUGAAGGACUUGACACAAAGCUUAAAGACCUUUUAGCACAACUUCGGAAGAAAGCCAACGACCUCAGCAGCUGCCAGGGCUGAAACGCAGCAAACUGCCUGCACGACGCCUGUCACUGCAACCAGCACUUCACACUAGUCGCGUUCCACUUCCAGAAGCCAGCUCUGAUGUACUAGAGAAGAGGUCCUCUAUUAAUUCAAGAGCAGUAACACUCUUUAAAAGUUUUAUAUCACUUUUUUUUGUUUUUGUAGUUUUGUUACCUGCCGCACUUCAUUGUGAACAAUACAUAAUUACAAUAUUUGAUAUUUCGGAGCUGAACAAAGGAUGAAUGUUAUUGAACAUUAUUUAUUUUCC